AUGGGGUGCAGUGCGAGAUACUGUUUACUGGCUCUGUCCUUGUGCCUAGUGACUGAACAGGCCUUAGGUGUUAGAGUAAUGCCCAAACGGAAGAAAGAAGCAGGUAACGUCCCAGACGAUCAGUCAACAUCAGCGUCAUGGUGGCAAGCAGGCACAGCGACGCCCUUCCAUGAGAGCAGCAGUGGCGCAUUUUCUUCAACGCAUGGCAUCGUUCAGACACAUCCAUCGCUAAAUGACGGAUAUUCCUUUGGAAACAUUGCUAAUACGGUCGGAGCUUCAUCUAACCCUUUCGUCCAAACAAGUGGCAGCGGUCCGCUUAGUGGCAGUUUUCGCAACAAUCCGCUACCACCGCUUUCUAAGAACUCGAACGGGAAAACGUCAUUCAAGCACUUGGAUUUCACGAGCAGUGCAACUGCUGAGCUAAGAAGGAAUCCAGCACUAUCCGCUCCUGAUGAAUGUGCGCGAGCUUGCAGAGAGGGAGAGCCGCCGAGAAUCUGCUACUACCAUUUCACUCUUGAGCUGUACACUGUUUUGGGCGCGGCUUGCCAAGUUUGCACACCUAAUGCCACAAACGUAGUCUGGUCUCACUGUCAAUGUGUGUUGGCCGAUGGUGUGGAGCGAGGUAUCCUUACAGCAAACAGAAUGAUUCCUGGACCAUCCAUUCAAGUAUGUGAAAAUGACAAAGUGGUAAUUGAUGUUGAGAAUCAUAUGGAAGGUAUGGAAGUGACCAUUCACUGGCACGGUAUCUGGCAAAGGGGAUCCCAAUAUUAUGAUGGAGUACCAUUUGUAACGCAAUGUCCUAUUCAACAAGGAAAUACAUUCAGAUAUCAAUGGCAAGGUAACGCAGGUACUCACUUUUGGCACGCACAUACUGGUCUUCAGAAAUUAGACGGUUUAUAUGGAAGUAUUGUUGUACGUCAACCUCCAUCCAAAGAUCCCAACAGUCACCUUUACGACUAUGAUUUGACUACACAUGUCAUGUUACUAAGCGACUGGCUUCAUGAAGAUGCUGCCGAAAGAUACCCGGGUCGCCUUGCCGUCAACACCGGUCAAGAUCCUGAAUCAGUAUUGAUUAACGGCAAAGGACAGUUUAGAGAUCCCAACACUGGUUUCAUGACAAACACACCGUUAGAAGUUUUCACUAUUACUCCGGGAAGGAGAUACAGGUUCAGGAUGAUCAACGCUUUUGCUUCAGUUUGUCCAGCUCAGCUUACAAUCGAAGGCCAUAACCUCACAGUUAUUGCGACAGAUGGGGAACCCGUGCAACCGGUACAAGUCAACACUAUUAUAUCUUUCUCUGGUGAACGAUACGACUUUAUCAUAGUCGCAGAUAAUAACCCUGGCGCGUACUGGAUCCAAGUACGAGGUCUUGGAGAAUGUGGCGUAAAGCGAGCACAACAAUUAGGAAUACUCCGGUAUGCUAGGGGUCCAUAUCAACCUUCCACGCCAGCGCCUACGUAUGAUGUGGGACUCCCACAAGGAGUGGUUAUGAACCCAUUGGACGCAAGAUGUAAUAUACCCAGAACCGACGCCAUUUGCGUCAGUCAACUGAAAAACGCCAAGCAUAUCGACCCUGCAAUACUCCAGGAUAGGCCUGACGUAAAGAUUUUCUUACCAUUCCGAUUCUUUGUUUAUAGACCAGAGAUGUUGUUCCAACCGAAUACUUAUAAUCGAUUUUUAGUGGCACCGCAAGGAGAUCACGUUAUCAGUUUAAUAGACGAAAUAUCGUAUAUGUCCCCACCGGCCCCUCUUAUAAGUCAAUAUGAUGAUAUUAAUCCUGAACAAUUCUGCAAUGGCGACAACAGGCCAGCUGAUUGCGGACAAAAUUGCAUGUGCACUCACAAGGUUGACAUACCGCUCAACGCAGUUGUAGAAAUUGUACUAGUAGACGAAGUUCAAAUUGUGAAUUUAUCCCAUCCGUUCCACUUGCACGGUUACUCUUACAACGUGAUUGGUAUUGGACGGUCGCCCGACCAGAACGUCAAGAAAAUUAACUUGAAACACGCCCUCGACCUCGACCGACGAGGAUUACUCCAACGUCACUUGAAACAAGGAGAUUUGCCGCCAGCGAAAGACACCCUUGCCGUUCCCAAUAAUGGCUACGUUAUCUUACGAUUUAGGGCUAACAAUCCUGGUUUUUGGCUCCUUCAUUGCCACUUCCUCUUCCACAUCGUUAUCGGCAUGAAUGUCGUGCUACAAGUUGGCACCCAAGCCGAUCUGCCUCCUGUACCUCCCAACUUCCCGACAUGCGGAGACCAUCUCCCUCCUAUCAAUUAA